AUGGAGACCGAGCCUCAGCAGCAAACGGCCGGCGCCCAGACAUGCGCACGGGGCACGCCUUCCUCAGCUUCGUUGCAAAACACCGAGCUGCAGCAGAUUCGGCUCCGAUACAGGCUGGCGACGCCAACCUUCCAGACACUCUGCACCAUCCCCAAGGCUCCCGACCGCAGACAAGUGCUGCACAAGGCUUGCCUGGCCGUCGAAUUCCGUUCGUUUCCUCUUCGGCGAGCGGAAAAGGGCUUCUUUCGAGAGAUCAACGACCAUCUUCCCAUCCCGUACCGAAUCAAGGACUGCCCGUCAGAACCAUGGCACAAGGUUUUCUUGUUGGUUCAAAUCCAGCUCCAGCGCAUUCCCUGGCCCAAUAAACUACCCGCCCAGGCGAGGCACGAACUGUACGGUGAGAGAAAGCGCAUGGACAAGAUACUCGAAACUGCAUUGCGCUGCGCGGUUGAUAUACUCGGUCACCGUAAGGAUGGUCGAGGUGUCAGCGUCGCUCUCGAUGUUCUCCGCAGCGUCAAGGCUGGCAUCUGGGAGGGCAGCGACAAUGAGCUUCUUCAGAUCAAGGGCAUCGGGCCACAAAAGAAGGAAAGGCUCAUCAACGCGAAGAUCAGAACCGUCAAAGAGCUGGCCAGGCUCGACUUUUGGCACAUCGAGCGGCUCUUGAGUCGCAAUCCCCCUUUCGGUCAGCAAAUGCUGCAUCAGCUCGCCAGCUUCCCUGUUUUGACGUUGCAAUUUGACCUUGUGCAACCCAGCGGGCUCCAGGCUGGGGCUGGUCUUGAUCAUGGCUGUGGUCUCGGGCCUCCAUCAACAGCGGCGUGCAUCGCAAGGCUGAUUGUGAAUUACGGCAACAACGCACCGCCAAUGUGGGCCGAGAGCACACCCUGGACGACUAUCGUGAUUGAAGGCGACGACGGGAGGCUCGUCUACUUCUGGCGAGGUAGCGUCAGGCGUUUAAGUGGUGGCAAGGAACUUGUCCUUCGCCUGGACCCGAAGGACGGAGAAAAGCUCAAGGUCACAUUUGCAUGCGAGGGUAUCGUGGGCACAAUGGUCCGAGUGACACACCAAGUCUGA